AUGACCCCGUUCGUUAAGACUAUGAGAUGCGAACGAAAUGGUAUUCAUAGUGGAGCCUCGCUGAGCUUACCACUGGUACCCCGGGACCCUGCAACCUCCAACUUAGAUGCAACCUCUAAAUAUUAUCUAGAUUAUUAUCACGAAAAUAUUUGCAGACUCUUCAUCGUAUAUGACAGCGACAAGAACCCCUUCAGAAGCCUUAUAUCUCUUGCUCUAGAUGACCCCGUUCUCUUGAAAGCCUCUCUGGCCCUUGCAGCUCGUCAUAGAGCUAACGCAGACCGUUCUUUCUACCAGCUUGACGAACCCACACCCUCCCCCCUAGCUGACUCUCAUCGGGAUGCCCUGGCCUUCAAAUACCAGGCUGUGCAAGGGCUUUCACGUGCUUUGAACGAUACUACAUUGCAGAAGAAACACACCACGGUGGCGGCUGCAUUUCUCUUAAUAUUUCUGGACCUCCUAGAGUCGGGGAGCGACAAGUGGAACUUCCAUCUCGAAGGAGCCAAAAGCUUGAUUACACUAGAUCAGCCAUCCCCUGAUUCAAGCAUAGGGGUCAACCAAGGUCCCGGCCAAACUGUUCAGGAAAUUCGUGAUUUCAUCACGCGGCAAAUUUAUAUGAUUCAAACCCUCGGAGCGACCUUUGUACGACCAGGACUAUUGUCUCAAUUCGUUUCACCGGAUCGUCUAGAUCGACAGCCCUCGGAGAUUGUGGAACAGUCCUUCGUCGGAUGUCCCGAGUUUAUUCUGGAUGCAGUUCAGUACAUCUUGAGCCAGAGAGAUGCCAUCUCGGGCUUAGAGCCACUGGUGGAAACCGAGACUCAGCAUCGUGUGCAAGAAAUCUCGUCUGUGCUCGAGUCCAUUCAGGACUUUGAUUGUUAUCUUUGGGCUUCAAAUCUACCACGACCGCAAUCCCAUACGAGAGAUCUGAGCAACCUUUGUAUACUGUCCCAGUCGUGGAAAAUCAGUGCUCUCAUAUAUGGACGGCGUGUCCUUGAUAUACUUACGAACGACGUUUCCCCGCAGGAUGAGCUGGUGUGUGAGUUGAUUGGCUUGAUUGGUGCAUUGGAGGAUGAUGAAGUGUACAAGUGCAUCUUGUGGCCGAUCUUUGUUGCGGGCUUGGAAUGUCGAUGGCAAACCCAGCGAGAUUUUCUCGUUGGCUGUUUAGAGAAGUUCUGGGCCGCCACCAAAUGUUUCAACACGAUCAAUGCUGCUAAAAUCCUGCAGACAUAUUGGCAACAAGAGGGCCAGCAGGAGCCAUUUUCACCGCAGUGGAUAUUCAAUAUUGGAAAUCUAGGCCGGGACUGGCUCCUCGUCUAG